AACAACUGAGUACGCGAGCUACGCUCAAAAGUCAUUUGUUGGUGCAUUCCGAUAAGAUGUCACAUAAAUGUGACUAUUGUGGCCGGUUGUUUAAACGCGCAAAUACACUGAAAAACCACUUAAUUGUCCACACGGAUCUCAGACCUUAUUCAUGUGACUUUUGUGAUAAACGGUUUUCAACUGGGCCUAGUUGUCGUUUUCACAAAAGAACAAUGCAUCCAAAGGAACUAGCUGAGCUAGGAGCGUCGGGUGCUAAAGCAUAUACCAAAAAUAUACCUACUUUGGACGUACUAAAGGCGGUGUCAAGGACAGGUACAAAUUUCAAGCCUCUAGCAUCAAAACAGAAUGGUUUUGCACAUUUCGACAAGGAAGUACAAAUUAAACCUGAAGAUGUGAACUCAAAUCCAACAAAAUAUUAUAAAUCAGAUUUAUUAUAUUUUAAACAUUAAAACAUUUCAAUUACUUCCCAUUAAAUUUAAAAAAAGUAAUAAAUACAAAUUGAAAUAACGUAGGAAAAAAGCGAAUACGAUGUUUUCGUUCGACUUAAUACGCCUUGGGUGAAGCUAGAGCUCUUCUGAUAUCAAUUGCCUAUCCAAAGCGAAUUGAGUACCAUAGGUGGCGCCUUGCCAAAACAGUUACUUUAUUUUCACAUUAAUUUUGACAAGUCUGCCAUCAGGUCCAUUUCCAAUGCAAAACAAACGAAAGGAGGAGAAUUUGCAUGUUUGUUAAAAUUCACUGAAUGGCUUGGUAAUAUUGUGAUUUUUUAGAUAUAAACUAAACAAACUAAUGAAAACGAAGUGCCGUGUGGUAAAUUGUGAAAGCAUAAAUUAAUAUAAAACCUCCAAAUACAAUUUGUUUGCGUUUUUAUGUGGAAGACGCCGUGGCAAGAAAGUAUGUGUGUGUGCGUAUAAUUUC